UAUACACAAAUCACAACACACCACUAAAACUAGGGUUCUGAACCUUUGAAAAACCCUAGAAACACAAAUCAUCCCAAAAUUUCACAAAACAAAAUGGCAAUGGCAGCUUACAUUUCAAGAAUCACCAAACUCUCAAUCUCCAAACAAACCCCACUAAGACCAUUUUCAUCAUCAUCAUCAUCUUCCCCUCAAUUCCCAUCAUUCCGUUUACUAAAAUCAGCAAUCAAAUCAGAAACAGACCCACUAAAGAUUGCAACUUUAUUCGAAUCCUCAAUUCCAAUACCCACAUUUCGUCGCUACAGACCCUUAUUCGAUCUCUCUGUUCACAAACUGACAAGAUCCAAAAGAUUUGAUCUUGUUGAUCGAAUUUUAUCGAAUACGAUAUCGAGUUCCCCUGUUUCCCAGCUGGGUUCUGAAGGGUUUUGGCUAAGGAUUGUUAUGUUGUAUUCAAAAGCUGGAAUGGUGGACAAUGCACUCCAAGUGUUUGAUAAAAUGCUUGAGAGAAAGAAAUGUGAGGUUACUGAGAAAUCACUUUGUGGGGUGCUUUCGGUUUUGUUGGAUAACAAGAUUUAUGAUGAGAAGUUGUGGAAAAGUUGUGAGGAGUUUGUGAAAAAGACGGGUGUGAAGCCGGGUGUCAAGGCGUGUAAUUUGAUGUUGAAAGGUUAUUGUAAAGGAGGGCGGGUCGACGAGGCUGCAGCGUUGGUAACGAAGAUGGAAAGUGAGGGUGGGGUGAAGCCGGAUAUUGGGAGUUAUAAUGUGUUGUUGGGGGCAUAUUUGGAUAGUGGGAAAAAGAGUGAUUUUGAUAUGGUGGUGAAACGGAUUAACGAGAGAGGUUUGGAAGGUAAUUUGGUUACUUAUAAUCAUAGGAUUUUGAGGUUUUGUAAGAGUAAGGAGUGUGUUAGGGCUAAGAAGUUGUUGGAUGAAAUGAUAUCAAAAGGGGUGGAACCUGAUUCGUCUAGUUAUAAUGCGAUUAUAUUUGGGUUUUGUAAGGUUGGAGAUUUGGAAUCUGCAAGAAAUGUUUUGGAAAAGAUGGUGAAUGAUGGGUUUGUGAAGGCGCCGUCUUUUGGUUAUUAUACGUUGAUGAAGCAUAUGGUUGAGGAAGGCGAGUUUAAUGAUGGUUUGGAAAUAUGUAAGGAUAUCGUAAAGAAUAGGUGGGUUCCUCCGUUUGAAGCCACAAAGCUUCUGGUCAAUGGAUUGGUGAAAGAGUCAAAAGCAGACGAGGCGAAGGAAAUUGUCGGGAAGUUCAAGACGCAGCUCAGGGGGUCUGCAUUAGAAUCAUGGGGAAAGAUAGAAGCUAGCCUUCCUAUAUAAAUGCGAAUAUGAUUUGUUUUGAGGAUAAAGAAACAGAUUUCAUAAUGUAUGAUCAAAAACAGAAGGUGUGCUAGAAGUUUCUCUAGGAUUUUCACUUUUUAAAUAUAACAGUCCUGCGUAGUGGUUGUUCUUUUCA